AUGCCGCUCCGACGCGCAAAGCAGGCUUGUGUCCACUGCCAUCGCCGCAGGAUCCGCUGCGAUGUGCUGCAGCAGCGUCCGUGCUCCAACUGCGUCGCGCAGGAAGUUGCCUGUGAGCUCGGUAUCUCGCGGCGGGGGAAAUACCCGCGCAAGAAGGCCAAGUCGCAAGCUCUAGCUCAAGGUCCAGCUCCGGGCUCAGCUGCAGCUCCAAGCUCAUCCUCCGGCCCAUCCCCACCGGCCGAUCAUAUGCCAUCCCCAGACCCAAACCCUAUACAGCCCUCCCACCAUGCCAGACACAAAAUCACCGAACCAACCGUCUUCCUCGGCGAGUCCAGCCCUCUCACUACAGUCAUGGACCCCAGGCACCCAAGACUCCACUACCCCCUACCCCCCCGUCUCCUCCCAACAAGCACCCGCGACGAAGCAGUCCGCCUCCACCAAGUCCAACAAGCCGCCCAACUCGAAUCAAACGGCUCCCUCUCCUUCCCCCCAGAGGACACCGUCAACGCCUUGCUAAAGGCCUACUUCACCUGGUUCCACCCCUGCUUCCCCAUCGUAGACCGCGUCGCCAUAUGUCGCGCAAAAGCACAAGCCAGGCUAGGCGGCAUCCCGCCCCUGCUUCUCCAGGCAAUGCUCUUCAUCGGCGUCUCGCUCUGCGACGACGAGACGUUUGCAAGAACGGAGUUCCCUGUUCGGUAUCGCGCCAAGUUCCUCUUCUAUUCGCGCGCAAGGGCUAUCUAUGAUGCAGACGCCGAGGCGAAUCCCAUUGUGAAGCUCCAGGCGCUGUUCAUGCUUAGUUCGUGGCGUGGCGGGCCCGGGGAGGAAAGGGAUGUGCGGUUUUGGUUGAGUAUUGCUGUCUCUCUUGCGCAGAAGAGGGGGAUGCAUAUGAUGUCGAAAUUCGCACACCCGCCCAAGGAAAGACGGUUGUGGAAGAGGAUUUGGUGGGCUUUGUAUACGCGCGACCAGCAAAGUGCCGCAGCGCUGGGCCUCCCGCCUCGAAUCCGCGAUGAGGAUGGGGACGUGGCGAUGCUGGAGCCUGACGAUGUUCUUGAGGAUGAGAGUGUUGAUGACGAUGUAUUUGGGCAUCAGAGGCCGCAGGAUCUGGUGUAUCCGGUUGAGAUGGCCAAGUUGGCGAGAUUGCUGCGAACGAUUGUCUCAACGCAGUAUCUCCACCACCACAAACCCGACCUCGCAACGAGGAACGCCCUGAAUGAGCAGCUCUGUCUCUGGGAGUCGCAGCUCCCUGUUGAGUUGCGGUGGGGGAGUGUCUUCAUUGACCCGGUCUCGUUGUUUCUGAAGGGGCUGCUUCAUAUGACAUACCAAAACCUCUUUAUCCUCCUCUACCGGCGCGUUUUCCUCAAUCCCACCCCUCACGAUGACGGGCAGAUCGCCCUCGAUGCCGCGACGAAGAGUACCCGGAUCAUGGAGGAUUUGCUCUCCGCGCAUUUAAUCCAGCAUGCGCCAACUCAUCUAAUAACCCACUCCUUCACAACGCUCUGCAUCCACACAAUCCACCACCGCCGCUCCUCAGGAACAACACGCACCCUGGCCGAACACCGCGCGAGACUCUGCCUUCUCAGUCUCGAGGAACUGCAGAAAUCAUGGGACUUGGAGAAUUGGGUUUUACAUCUUUUCUUCAAGGGGUUGGAUGAUCGUACCGCCGAGGUGUUGGGGUUAACGGGGCAGGGUGAGCAUGCAGGUGCAUCUAGCGCUCUCGUUACAGACGCAGGUGAAAUAGGACAAGGAGGCAAUGCCAGUGCAAGUGGUCCUGUUACUGAUGAGGAUGGUGCUCUUCUUGCCCCUGGUUCGGCGGCUGGUGAGACGUUGAUGCCACCGAUUCCGCAGCCGGAUGACUGGUAUGGAUGGGUGCCAUGGGAGGAUGAGGCGGAUGCGUUGAAUUUGCAGAAUUUGGAGUUUUUGUAUCGGUUUUUGUAG